UCCUCGGAUUAGCGUUAGCGUGACAGUACGUGCGACCGAAACCCAGAAAAACCGAGCGAUUAGAUAAAAAAAACUCAGUGAAACGUCUGUUUGGGUUUUUCCUGGGUUUCAGAGAGGUUCCGCGUGAGGUGCGUGCGGGUGUGCGAGUGAUAAAUAGCGAUAAAGUUUGGCGAGGGCUGCGGUAAAUAAAGAAAGCCAAUUGUGUGUGUGUAUGGGGUUAAAAGUGGCCAAUUAGCGACGAUGAAAGUGUACGAGUUCGGCUGAAAAGGAUGUGUGUUCAAUGAAAAAGCGAAUUUUACGACGGGUUGUUAAAAUGACAAAAAAACGAGGAAGAAGAGAAGCGUUCGCCUUCCUGGCGAGCGGCUCAACCAACUGACAAAUACCAGUUCCACUAAAUAAAUAAAAAAUAAUAAAAAAAUACCAAAGAACGAUGUCAGAAAUCACGAGGAGUAUUUCGGAUCAGCAAUAAUCAUUGGACUGAAGAAGCUCGCGUGAAAAUUGCUCAUCAGAAUCUCUGACUUCACCUCCAUCAGCUGCAAAUUAACAAUUAAUUGACGUUCACCGAGAGGAGAAAAACAAAUCCGAGGCGUGAAGAUGCGAAAGGCAAGAGUGUCCUCUCAGUAAUAAAAGGAAAAAUAAAAAUGAAGGUGAUAAUGAAGUGGAGGUGAUUCGACUGGUGUUCCACUCAAGGGGUGGAGAUUAAUUCUGAAAAAGUGUUGUUGAGUAAAUAUCGAACUCCAGUUUAUUUUCAGCGUUUAAACGUAUUGAUUGAAGGCCGAUAAAGUGAAGUGCCCUGGUAACGUUGAAAUGGCAUUCAUGAUGAAAAAGAAAAAGUACAAAUUUUCGGUUGAGGUCGGCCUUGAGGAGCUCACCGCAGUGCCUUUCGUAAGUGCUGUGCUGUUUGCUAAAUUACGUCUGCUGGACGGCGGUUCAUUCGUUGAUCACUCCACUAGGGAGGAAGUAGGGGAACACACGGUGAGAUGGAAUGCAAAAUUUGAAUUCCUCUGUAAAAUGAGUGCGAACGCGUCCACUGGGAUUCUCGAUCCCUGUAUUCUCAGGAUAUCAGUGAGAAAGGAGCUGAAGGGAGGCAGGUCCUUCCAGAAACUCGGCUUCACCGAUCUUAAUCUCGCGGAAUUCGCUGGUGCGGGUCUGUGCCGCAGACGUUGCCUCCUCGAGGGUUACGACGCCAGACAUAGACAGGAUAAUUCCAUGCUCAGAGUAGCAAUAAAGAUGAAUAUGCUCUCCGGUGACAUACUUUUUAAAGUACCCUCUCCCUCGUUGAAGCAAACGCAAUUGGCAGUGCCAGGUGUCCCAGGUGGUCCCGCAUCGACGACAGAUGAAGUCAUCGGUCCAGACAGAGGUACGAAUCGUGAGGAUUACGUCUCUAGUGGUUCACUAGCUGGCUCAAUAGCCAGUGCAAGUAGUGGAUUCGGUAGUCUUCCAAAGAAAAGACCAGCAUUGUUCUCUUCAGAAUUAUUAAGUGGAACGGAAUCCUUCGACCCAAUGACCCUAAACGAAAUAGUCCCCCCAACGGUGCCAGUGGAGACCCUGGCGGAGGCGCACACCGAGUCUGGUCACUCGAGAAACAGCAGCAACACGAGUCAACUGAGCAAGGGCUCAGGCUACGGUUCCCUGAACUCCCACAGUCAACACAGUAGACAAAGCAGCAGUGGAGAUAGCGGUCACAUCAGGUCACCCUCCUGGCCGGUAUGGGCUCCACGCCUCCCUACAUUAUCCCAAAAUCAAUGUUACACAGGAAAUGAGUCUGGAAAUGACAGUACCUAUUUAACACCCCCAAAUUACCCAAUAACCCAAGAAUCAAAUCGUUUCUGGUCACCAGGGACUCCGCGUACACCAGUGUCUUCUCGUCGUGAGACAUCCACGGUGAAUUCUCAGAGCACUCCGAAGCCAUCGAGCGACGAUGUGAAAAAUGGUGCAUUGAAUAACAAUGUCACUGACACGUCAGCUGGUGGAUUCAAAGUGCCUGGCAUUCAGGAUGUAUUGCGAUACUCGAGAAGACACUUGGAGCACUGCAUCAAGGAUAAUCACAUGAUAAAUAGUCAGGGUAAUGAUAAAUCAGUGGUUAAGCCGCACAUUGGUCAGGCGAGCUGGAGAAAUAUGUCGAAAACUUGUGAUUGCAUUGAGAAGGGAAAAACAAGUCCUGUUUUGAGACUGGCUGAUCAGACACGUGCUGUCUCCUCACCCGAUCCCUUACACAGGCCCGAUACCCCUCGAUCCUCCUCGCUUCAAUCCACAACGGCAGCUCAGAGCCUCAGGAAUCCGUCAGGUGGUUCUGGUCUGAGUGAAACAGGCUCCCUGGACCGGGCCAAGGCUGCACUGGAGAGACGAAAAAAGGCUGAGGAUUCGGGCAAUAAUGCUGUGCAGUGUCGCGUUGAAGUCACACGUCCUAAUCCAGAUUCACUCAUUGACGAGUUGCUGAAGGCAACUAAUCUUGAACAGUCUGACUUGGAGAGUGCUGAGACAUCUGGAUUACAACUAUUCAUCGCAAAAGACGGUACAACAGCAUUAGGUAGUCACGAAGUAAAGAGCCAGAUGCCAGCUGGUGUAUUUAAACAAGUGGUUAUGGAAGAGAAUAACAGGUAACACGAAAUAACAUCGUCACGUCGACAGUAUUCGCGACAAUCGACAUCAACGACGUUUGCACUUGCCUUAGUACCAGAACUUGUGUACGAGGCGUAUGAGCCACGGUAGUAAAACCAAACGGAAUUCACGUACAAAUAUGAAUGAUGAAGCAUAACAAAAUCUCGAUUGAAGCACGCGAGAAAAUAUUUUAUUGAUAAAUCUUGUGAAUUGGUGUUUUUUAAAAAUUAAUUCACACCGAAUUUCUAUUGAAAAUUCCGUAGAUUAUCAGUGGAAUUUGGUAUUUCUAUAGAACUCAUUCUGUUAAGAUAUUUUCGAGAGGAAAUUUCAGUCUUUUGGUCGAUUUUUAUGAAUGAAAAAAUGAGGAAAACGUGAAAAAUUCAUAUCGAGGAAUUUCUAUAGAAAAUAGAAAAUAGA